AUCCCAACAGCAAGGAUAUAAAGUGUCCCCUUGAGAAUCUCUUUGACGUUCCUGAAAUACGCGAAGUAGGAUCCUGAUUGUGCUGAAACGGAGAAGAUGAAACUUGGCUGGGGCAGGAUGCCUGCCAGGAUGAAACUGGCCUUCAUCUUUGCUGUGGCUUUGCUUCUUCCAGAUGUGACAUCCAUGAGCAUCUACAGGUCUGUGGAGACAGUUGGCACCACAUCUGCCAGUGUGACAAGUGCACCAAAGGAAACCAAUGUAGAAACUGAAGGAGAUUCCAGCGAGCUGGGGUUGACUCCACUUGAUGAUUCACCAGAAUUUUUUGCCUCUGUUUUGCCAGCCACAGAAGAAGCAGGUACGACCUUACUAAACAUUGGAAAAGAGGAAACCAAUGAGGAGACAGGAACAAAUUUAAAAGAGAUUCCAGAGGAAAGUGAUGAUAUGGAAGUGGAUACUGCUGAAGACGUAAACCCAGAUGGUUUGGAUGAACUAGAAGAACUAGAGGAUGCUGCCCUUGACCUGGUGAGACUCUUUGUCAAGAGAGAUGCUGAAGAAGAAGAUGAGGAGGAGGCAGAGGAACCUACACCGGAGACCGUUGAUGAGGACGAUUUUUCAUUUUCUGACUUGCCCAGAGUCCUGAAGCCCUUGAUAAAAGCUUUUUCCAGCUCAGAGUCUGGGCCUCCAUCACCAGAUGAUUUCUUCUCCUGGUUGCCUGCUCUGAAGGACCUCCUAGAAUCCUCUAAGGAGCUUAGUGCAAGCAAACCAAUAGCAAACACUGUGACCCGCCCAGCAGGAAUGUCUAGUUUCACAACUUUCCCAGAGCCAAAUCUGCAAAUAGCACCAGCUUCGUCACCUGCAGAGCCAUCUGCAGAGCCAUCUGCAAGGCUAAGUGAAUCUGAGAUUUUUCCAUCUCUGCCUAUUUUGGAGGAAGUGGCCACUUUUGUUCCACCAACUAUCCCCCUGCCUCCUCAACCUAGCAGGCGUCCUCCUUCUUAUGCCCCACCUCCAGAAGAUGUGUUUUAUUAAAUCCACACAAUUACAUUGAAAUCUUAGCCUUGGGUUCAAAUCCCCACUGAGCCGUGAAACUCACUGGGAAAUAUUAAUACUAUCUUAGCUCAGGGUUUUGUAAAGAUAAUGGGAGAAUGGGGUGCAGGCCACUUUGAGAUUAUUUGAGAAAAAGUGGGAUGAUAUAAACAUAACAAUGAAAUAAAAUAAUUUCUGGAGAAUGAAGCAUUGAGUGUAAAAUAAGGAGAAUACCUGGGAACUUCUUCCUCACCUUUCAUCUCAGGCUCUCCCGCAUUUCUUGUUAUUCUAAUGGUAGAAAAAGUAAACAUGCUUUUAAUGCCAUGUUUUUGAACUAGUAUAAAUCAUUCAAGAUCAAGCCUUUAAACCCAAUUGUGGGAGUUAAAGUCCAAAACACCUGGAGGGCCCAUAGCCCGUCGGUAGUGCUUUGAAUGCAAUUUCCUGCUUCUUGGUAGAGGGUUGGACUGGAUGGCCCAUGAGGUCUCUUCCAAAUCUAUUAUUCUAUGAUUCUAUAAUACCCCUAUGAAGAAAUCUAUUGGACAAAUGAGCAUUGCAUCUAUUUUAACAUAAAAUAAUUGUAUUAUCCUCUCCCUGGGUAUAAUGGAGCUACAAAAUUCCCUCAUAUUUCUUCCAGUAAGCUAGGAAAAUGCCUGCUGCAGACUUGUAAAGAAGCUUGCAAAGACCUGUAUGUAAUAUUGUAAUAAAGCUCUUUACUGACCAA